AAUGAGCGGUCUCGUGUGAUGACUUUCUGACUUUCACUGAGCAUGCGCGGUAAGCGCCAACAGCUCCUCGUCCAAGUUGUCACAUGAUGAGAGGAAAGCUUGGCUUCGGACUGCCGGGCCGUAGACUGAAUAGGGACAGAGCCGUCUCUAUCAGAAUUUACCAAUGGCAGCGUUAUCAAGCUGACAUGGCAGGUCAGUGAACAUGUGACCUUUUUAGCGGAACGUUAACAAGUAAAUUUGCUGGUUUUGAAGGUAGUAGUUUGUAGUCCACAACAGGAAGACAUUCGCACGGUUGAGCUUGUAGGAACCAUGUCGCUCCAAGUUCCUCGCACAUCGGUAUUCACCUUUCAGUCUGCAGUGCACAGCGAACACGUUCUCCAGUGUCUGAAUGACCAGAGGGAGAAGGACAUCCUGUGUGAUGUGACUGUGGUGGUGGAAAACAGGAGUUUUCGGGCCCAUUGCUCUGUUUUGGCUUCUUGCAGCGAUUACUUUCACAGCAGGGUUACCAGUGUCACCAUACAGAAUCCCAUCAUCACCUUGUCCGAUGAGGUAACCGUUGAGGGGUUUGAACCUUUGCUUCAAUUUGCCUACACAUCAAAGCUGCCUUUCACCAAAGAAAACAUUCAUGCCAUCCACAAAAGUGCAGAGUUUUUAGGAUUCCAUAACUUGGAGUCGGCAUGCUUUGAUUUCCUCAUCCCAAAGUUUUCUGAAGGCAAAAGAACCUCACAGGAGGUCAAGCGUGGAGCGUGUUGUCGAAGCCAGGAUCCCAGUGUCAGUAAUGGCUCCAUUGUAGAGACCAGCCAACCACAAUCAUUUGGGUCACACAGCUCAGUGCCUUCAAGAAGUGAUGAACAAACAGAGUUUCCAUCACAGUGUCCUCAGAGCACAGAGGGUCAGACGAACAGCAGGGAAGAACACUUCUGUUUGGAGAACUGUGGGCCCCAAAUGGCCCCCUUAUCUCUGGAGUUAUCAGCAAAUGGUGUGUGUCCCAUGUUGUCUUUGCCAUGCCCAGAUACCAACAAAGCAGAUCAUCCCUCUCAGUACUGCGAAAGAGACAUUUUAGAGAUAGGAGAUGUAUGUAAUCAAAGUGAGUUGAGCUUACCUGACUGUGGCUUACCCUGUGAGCUGUCAACGUCAGGCGAUGUGAAUCCACCAGAACUCACUCAGCCAGCAUGCAGCAAUUUUAAACAGACCGUCGAGACGCUUGGUGCUGAAACCAACUGUAACCCGGCUUCAUGUCCACUCAUCGCAUCAGGGGCAGGAGAUUGCAGUGAGUUAUUAGAGCAGGGUGAGGUUGGCCUUGAACAGAGGAUUGCAGGUGAUCUCUCAGACCAUGCGUUAACUGCUCUAAGCCAUGAAGAGGGAAUUGGACAGAGGAGCAGUGUGGAGAGGGAGGUGGCUGAACAUCUGGCAAAGGGAUUCUGGUCUGACCUAUGCACAUCUCAGGCUCAGCCACUCUCUAUGGAUCCCAUGGAUCAAAACAGUCUGGCCAAAGCAUCAGACUUUCAUUGGCUUAAGCAGUUAGAUCUGAGCUCAAGUGUAGGAGACUGUCCCUUUCUCAAAGACCUUGAGAGAGGUGAUGAACCUGGCCCGCGCACUGACAUCCUGUCCCAGUCAGAGAAGAGCCCCUAUAUGUCUUCCUCUCUCAACUCUGGGGACGACUCAGAUCUGGACACGGAUGGAGAUACUGAGGCCAACAACAAAAGAGCAGCAGAGAUACAGCUCCCAUUCCCAGUGGAGCAGAUCUCAGCGCUGAGCCGCAGUGCCUUCCAGCAGCUUCUGAAGCACCAUCACCUGACCCAAGAUCAGCUGGAGUUUGUCCAUGACGUCCGCAGACGAAGUAAAAACCGCGUUGCUGCACAGCGCUGCCGGAAGAGGAAAUUGGACAGCAUACACCAGCUAGAAUGUGAAAUCAAAAGAUUAACAGGUGAGAAAAAGCGGCUGCUGCAGGAGCGAACCGAGCUGGAGCAAAACCUGGAGGAGACACGGCAGAGUUUGUGCGGCUUAUGUAAGAGUGUGAGCAUAGAGUCCGGCUCUGAUCAGGACCACUUGCAGCUUCUUGCCAAGCUCUCCUCCCUAGACCCACCCAUCUCCUCCCCCAACCUAGCAGGUAAAGAUGAUGAGUCUCAGAUCGCCAUCGAAAUGGUAAGUUGUUCUUCAGAGUGUGACCCUAUCAAGCCGCUUACAGGGUCAGUUAAAACUGCUGCAGCAGAGCCAGGCACACAGACAGAGGAGGCUGACUCUCAACAAAGCUGCACUGAUCCCGUAUCUCUGCUCAAUGCCUGUCUGGACAUGAACAAUAUACUGUAAUCCCUUUCAGGGAAAAAUGGCUUUCCUGUAUAUUUUACUGACUGAUGAUUUCCUGCCUGAUAGCAGCAUUUUAAGGUGACAUUAAGUCAGAUUUCCUUCACUGUAUUUCUAAUAUGCAUUUCACUUAAGUAUACACGGGAUCCAGUAUUCAUCCUUUUAAAAGUGCAAACAAUUUUCAGGUGAUUCUCAAAUGUUCCCAUUUCCAUUCCUAAAUUUAAGUUUGUCUUUCUCAGGGAAACUCAUCCUGACUGUGUUUUGAUGGGUAAAAUGAUUCCCUUUGCAUUUUCACGCCAUUCUCUUCCUUAUGCACACAGUUAGAAAAAUAAGAAGUUUCUUUAAUUUUGCAUUAACUUGUUUAUCAUUAGAUUCUUGAGAAAUACUGUAUUAUUCCACCACUAUGCUGUUUCUUUAAUUAAAUAUGCAUAGCACUAACAAAACAUUUUUCAGUAGCUUCUGAGAAAUUGUUACAGCUGCAGCAUUAUUUCAGUGCCAGUGCAUACAUUGAAUGAAUAUAUGUGUGUGUAUAUGUAUAUAUAUAUAUAUAUAUAUAUAUAUAUAUAUACACAUUCAUUAUAUAUAGAUAUAUUGAAAAUGAAGAAUGGUUGCAGUGUGUCUGAAAGUGUUAUGGGGGAACAUAAGAAAUUAUGUUUUCAUUGCAAAACGUGCCUUAUGCAGUAGUAUAGUGUAUAUACAGAAAGAUAAAGGUGAAAUUUGUAUAUUUGUAUCUCAUGCACUGUUGCACAUUAACCCAUUAGUCCAUAUCGAUGACAUUUCAGUCUGUCUUCAUGUUGAGUAUUUUUUUAUCAAAUACUUUCACAGCUUACAGAUUUAAAUAAACAACAUUUUGUUACCAUUCAUUGUUUUGUUUUUGUUUUUUUUUUAAUGAGCAAAAGUAGGACUAUUCCUUCCACUACUAAUGCACAAUACCGCAGUUUGGCCAAUAGAGGGAAGUACAGCUCUAUUUACCUCGUGAGCUAUGCUUGCACUUAAUUGACUGACUUGAACACUGUAACAGUAUGAAUUGUUCCUUCUACCGCAGGGCUUGAAGUUGCAAAAGUUUUGUAAACUUUGAGCCCCAAACUCCAGUAAAAAUGAACUUGAAAAAAUGUGGACUACUGUUGAUGUCAGACUUCAAACAGCAUUGGUGGACUAAACUAAACUCAUACUCAGAAAGAUGCAUGCUGGGCACAACACUAAUCUGUUUUAUACCAAGAAGUAUAAAAUAAAUCAGGGGGGUAUAGAGGAAUCAAGAAGUUCUGAUGCUUUGAUCUUACAAAAGCACUUCUUUAGCUAUUAGCAUUGCACAUGUUCGGCUGCUUCUGCGCAGACCUUUUAAUGAGAACUGUGUCAUCCUCAUCAGAUUGAAAAAAGAAGAAUAGUCAUUUUGUUUGUUUUCUCCUAAUGUCAUUUUAACCCUCUCUCUUGCAUCACAGCAGCCAUCCUUAUGCAGACUGUGCGCUGCUUUAGCAUAUCGCUCCUAUCUCAGGUCAAAGCAAAGGAUGCAGUAAGAUUAUUACAAAGAAGAAAAGAAAAAAGCAGUUUGAUUGGACAUCACGCUUCCUUUCUCCUAAUUAGCCACAUUUCUGACACACUUUUGCUUGCUCUUGUAAAAAACCGGACACUGGUCUGAGUGCUCCGUCGUACUUCAGUGCAGUGUGGAUCUGGUAUCUGACUUGGUCAGACAAACCAGUAGCCAACAGAAGAACCAUUUUAGUAAGGCCAUUCAAAAGUUGAAGUUUCUAUUUUGUCAUGAUGUUUUUGUCUGGUGAUAUGAACUUUAUACUUGUCAAAGUUUGGACAGUGUUUGCCUUGUUGUUAUGUGUCCUUUCAAAUAGCCACUGGACCACUUGGGGACAAUGAAGGAAAAAGCAAUCUCGCCGUGUGUCCCUCGAAACAACUCUCAAGGUCAAAGCGGUAAUUACACCAGCAACCCUGAAGCGACAAAUAAAGCUCAUACCUAUCUUUGAGAAGUUAGAACAUACACACACACACACGCACUAUCACAAAAAGCUGGAGCUCUAAACGCAACAAGUGGCGUUGCAUCUAAAAUCAAAAGGAUUAUAUGAUGAUAAUGCUUCAGAGAUAAGAUAUCAUAUCUCCCUGUGCUGCCAUGACACACAUCUGUACAAAAUCCCCAAGUUUAUGUUUGUCUUAACUGGCAUCACCUUCAAAUACCAAAGCUUUAUGAAAUGGACCCAUAUCUGAAUUUCCUUCUCAAAAAUAGGAUUCUUCCCCGAUGUUUGUGUCUUUUCUGCACAGUUUGGAUUUUGGAGUAUUGUAGCGCAAAACACAAGAUUAUCCUCUUUUGCAAGCUACACAGGAAGAGAAACUUGAUUUGAGGAGGAAGCAGCUGUGCAGCAUGGCAAGGUCAGAGGCGCAUAAUCCGCGGCCUCAUUCAUGCAAGAUUAAAAACCUGCUCAGAGUUCUGAUUAAGAACGCAGGGUUAGAAGAUUAAAGACCCACAAACAAAAUGAAAGCAGUUUAAGCCCAAUCCUGGAAUUCAUCAGAAUACCAAAACCUUAAACUGUCAUUACAACGUGAGAUUAAUGCAAAGCCCCCUUGAACUGUGUGUCUGUCUUGAUAUAUCUUCUGUGUCAGAGCCUAUAUUUCCUUUUUAACCAAAAAUCUGGGUGAUUCUGGUGUUCUGUCCUUUCUCUCCACCUCUUUCUUCUGAUUUCUUUUCUGUGAUUGAAAUGAAAUUGAAGACAUUUAAAUAUAAUGAAACACUUGUCGGUAUGAAUUAAGGUUCCUGUCAAUUAAAUAACCAGUCCUUACCUACUUUUACUUACAUACUUUUGUUUGCUUUUCUCACGCAAAACAUGGUUUUAUUUUUUGAAGUGUUUAGACAUGUCCCUUUUACCUACUUUUCCACACUGAUUCUAGUCCUUAUCCAUUGACAGACAGACUCCACAGUAUUUAGGUAGCAAGGAUUAGGAAGCAGGAGGCAAGUGGGAAAACAAGGAUUACAAAUUAAAACAUCUGGAAGUUAGUUUGCUUGCAAAAAUGCUAAACAAGAAUACAUACAUGCUAAUAAAACUGACCAACAUGACUCAGUGUGGCAUUCAUAGACUGUUUCUUUCACUGGCAGGACUCUUGCUGCUGCCUAACACUGAACGAUUAUUUUACUGCCACAGAUACAAAUGUUAUUCAGCAGGUCUUGUUAAACAAGCAGCAAUCAGCACUUAGAGGGCUGUAGUUGGUAAAGUAAUUCUUCCAUAAAAGUUUUAUUUUGGGACAGACACAAUUUGUCCAAAAAAAGCACACAAUGCAAUUGUUGGAACAUCAGAACAAAAAGUAAAAUCCUUGAUACGAUAAUAUUGGUUUUCACCUCUGUAAACUCAAGAUUAGGGACUGAUAUGUCAAUUAGCUUUCAGAUUCCCUCUUAUUGACUGCAAAAAUAUAUAAUAUCUUGUGUAAAUAAGAAUAGUGGAAGUACAGUAACUGUCAUGGACCCCUGAAUGCUGACCUAAGGACUGGACCUCUGGGAGUUUCUCUAGCAGGGGUCAAAAUCAGAGAGAAAGACACAAUACUUGUAUAAUCAGUCGCAGCAUAAGGUCCAUGACCCUCUUGCAACACAACAUAAAUCUUAUAAGCUGCUGAGCUACUGUAUCCUUACUGAUUAUAUGCCGCAGUCACUAUGAACUUCAUUUUGGGGGGUAGUGCUGAGAAGGGGGUUGUAUCCCAUUGACAGGAUUAUAUAAACGAGGACCAUAAUACUGUAAUCUCCCAGAGAAAUGAGAGAAAGCAGGGGACACGCCGACCCCAGCUAGCUAGCACCCUGGUCUGCAACCAGAUUAACAAACAGCUGGUUGUACAGUGACAGAUUAUGUUCGCACUUGUUUAACAGUCCUCACAGUGUUACAUUUGUAGUAUUAGAAGCACAAGGAAAAGUGCCUUUCAGAACAAGAUGUCAAGGAAGUCAUGCAGUAUCAUAGAAGCAGUCAUGGGGAAAUAGUCAGAAUUUUUCAGUGUCGAGAGCCAACUGGAGAAGCAGGGAUGAUGCUGGCAAUUCCGCCAAGUGCGCUGGUUUUUAAUUAACUUCACUGUCGUGAGAGUCAGAUUCAGCAGAGUAAUUUAUUCAGGUUAGCAGAGCAGAAAAAAAUGCCCAAAGUUUCAUGAAAGCCUUCAUUCUCCGAACAGAGUCACAUACUGAAGGUAAAUCAUGCAUUUGAUGUGUGCUGGCUUUGACAGAGCACAGUGGAAAGAAUUUUCCAGUUUGUCUGUCUGUAUCAUAACUGGCGACUGGACAGCGAGAAUAUCUCGUGUCCUGAUCUAACAGUCACAUCUUCAGUUGCUGAUUCACAUAAGUGCAACAUGAGUGCACGUCAGUUGGAGUUACAGGGUUGUCAGAUGUAGUCAAAAGAUCACCAGCUGAUCUCUCAGCUUGCGUGAUUCAGCUGAAGCACUUAAGCUGGAGGUUGAAAGUGCUGCUGUAUGAAAAGGUUGAAACACUUUUUAAAAAGCAUACAGGGAUUUAUCUUCAUUAAUACUUGUAUAUUAAUUAACAGAACAACAUCAAACCAAAUUAAUUAAAGACCAGAUUCCUUUGACAGGUGUAGUCGAUUUGUAUGUGUGUUUUGGACGGCAAAGGAACACACUGUGUAAUUCUGCCUCCCCUUUACUUAGAUUUGUCUCUUCAUUGUCAAGAGACACUUUAAAGACAGACCCCGGUCCUCCAUCACGGCACUGAAAGGAAUUAGCUGUAA